UACGUCCUUGCAGAACACAACUAACUAGCUCACACACUAGCAGCUAGCUACACUGACAGACGACAUUCUCAGGUAUUUUUAGAGAAGGGGGCAAACCAUGGCGGCUUCUCGUACCUUGGCUGCACUCUUUGCCGUGGCAGUGCUCGUGCUUUGCUCUCGUGUUCUGGCCACCGAUCCGACCCAGCUCCAGGACUUCUGCGUCGCCGAUAUGCACAGCCCUGUGCUGGUGAACGGGUUCGUGUGCAAGGACGCGAUGAUGGUGAGCGCCAACGACUUCUUCAUGCCGGGGCUGAACGUGCCGGCCCCGCUGAACGCGCAGGGGUCCGCCGUGAAGGCAGUGACAGUGCUGGAGCUGCCGGGGCUCAACACGCUGGGGAUCUCCCUCGUCCGGAUCGACUACAAGCCGGGGGGCCAGAACGCGCCCCACAUUCACCCCAGGGGCACCGAGGUCCUGACAGUGAUCAAGGGGCAGCUCCUGGUGGGCUUCGUCACCACCAACGCCCCGCUCAAGAACAAGCUCUUCCAGAAGCAGCUUGUCGAGGGCGACGUCUUCGUGUUCCCCCAGGGGCUCAUCCACUUCCAGCUCAACAACGGGGCCGUCCCGGCGGUCGCCUUCGCCGGCCUCAGCAGCCAGAAUUUUGGUGUCACUACUAUUGCUGACGCCGUGUUUGGGGCUAACCCGCCGAUCACUGUGGAUAUCCUGGCAAAGGCGUUCAUGAUCGAUGCUGAGCAGGUUGAGUGGAUCCAGACUAAGUUCGCCACGCCGCCCGCUGCUGGAGGUGGUGGUGGCGGAUACAUGCCCGGGAACAUGACCGGCGGCGGCGAUGGCGGCGGUUACCCCGGCAUGCGCAAGAAGCGCAGCCCUUGAUUGGUUAUGGCCGGCCGGCUGUACACUGAUCUCUAAGAUAAGAUGGAUUAUCCAUUUGCUCGAUGGUAAACAAAUACACAUCGAAUAGUCAGUAAUGCUGCAGGUUAUAUAUGCUGUAGUACGUUCUAGCGUGCUGCUGUGUUAGUUUGGUUUGCGUGGUGUAGUAAGUUACUGCCAAGUCGUGCAAUAGCACGGCCGUGUCGAAUAAAACAGUGGCUAAAUGCUGCUUCCAUAUGGAAUAAAAUAAUUUGUUUCAGAAAA